GCGGUCACCAUUACAGCCUACACCACUCCUUCACAACACGACCAUCGCAGCGCUGCAUUGACAGUCGUCUGCGUCGCCCCACUCAUCCCUCACACCGUCUUUGUAGGCGCCUCUUGAGAUUUGCCCCGCACAGGGCUUCACCAUCGUGCUCUCAUGAUUCCCAAAUUUGCCACCCACUUGCUCCAACUCAAAUCGCAAGGCACACAUCACAUACGCAACGUCCUCCAAUCAACAAGCUCUACUACCUCUUUGCCAUGGUCUGGCGUCGGAUCUUCGAGUUCUUCCUGGGGAAGCUCAACCGGAGCCGGAGGCGCUAAAUUCAAUGCAGGAAGCCGGUUCUAUGCAGGUUACACGGGACCAGGUCGCGUUAUCACUCAGGCCACAUCAAUUCCCGCUGCAGACGGGUCUAAUGGGCAGCUUGACGAUACGGACGAGCGUAAUCAGGCUCUUCGAGCCAAGACAUUAUCUCUUACCGAUGCUCCUCGUCUCCCUCGUCGUCGCAGCAGCGUGUCUCUACUCUCCUCCCGUCAGCAUCUCUCUCCUGAAGCACCCAACGAAGCACAGAGCUCCGCGAUACAUACUCAGGCCAAACAUGCUUUCAUGAAUGACGAUCGUGUUGCCGCCACAACAGCAGAAGGGUGCGGCGACGUGUCCCCCCGAACCCGUCGUAAUUCCACGUCUGUGUUGGAUCGCGAAGUCUCAUCAGCAGAUUCAGACACCCUCGACAGUGAUACAAACGGCCUGCUUUCCCAAGCGACCGAGGGUCAAGCUGUUGAUGAAGAACCUGCACCAUUGCGCACAGAUGCUACCCUUGAGAGUCAAGUGGUGUUCGAGUCAGCACUUUCCGAUCACCAGACCGCAAACGAAUCGAGGUCAUCGGAGCAAAUCUCCAUGACAAGGGAAGCCCUUCAUGAGGAGCCAGCCGUCAAGAACAUCCCGGUUGACCGAGAAGGCGAAGGUGAACAUGGACUAAGCCCGACAGAUCUCGAGCGAUACAACGCAUUAAAGUUGGCAAAGCAAUCCGGCUCCGUAUUGCAGGUGAUGCAGGAGAUUCGUAGGCUUCGGCAAUCGGACGACGCCCACUCGGUAGGAACUUAUAACAUGGCCCUUCUUGCAGUGAAUGCUGUACGGACGAAAGGCAUGCCCAUUGCCGUUAUUCUCGAACUGUAUAAUGAAAUGCUCGAGCGCAAUCUCGUUCCGAACUCUGUCACUUAUGCAAACGUCAUCCGUGCUCUCUGCGAUCGCGACCACGACAUCAACGAACUGAUCGCAUCUGGCCAAUUGAGCACUUCCGAUCAGAACACAUCCGCCCGGACGGCAGCGGCUAAUCCGGACGCAUCGGCUGUGGAACACGCACGGCUACUCCGGAGGGAGGAGAAUUUCGCAUCUGCCAUGGCGCUAUUCAAUGCGGCACAUGCCCUCCGUGCCAGUCACUUCGGUAUCGAAAUCUACAAUGUGCUGUUACGAUCGGCUGGGUAUCGUGGUGACAUAGAAUCUGCCAUUCGUGUUUACUCGCAUCUGGAACGUCGUUCAGAUAUCAAGCCAACCAUAGCAACUUACGGGCAUCUUAUAAGCGCGUACGCGCGUGGAAAGGACGUCGAUGCCGCGCAAGACAUCUUCAAUGAAUUCCGAAACGCCGCCAAGUCUGGCAGUCUCGACUGGGGAGCAAAUCAAGUUGCAGCCAGGCGCGUCUUCAUGCAGGUGUACAAUCGUAUGAUAUCGGCCUAUUUCCAGUGCGGCGAGCCACGAGGAGCAUUGGCGUUAUUGGAGGAGAUGCUUGGGCCUCACUCGAAGGAGAACUUUGGGCCUAGUGAUAUUCCAGCGCCAUCGACAUCGACAUUCACUGAGAUAAUUGCUGGUUUUUGUGACAGCGGCGAUGUUCGCAGCGCUGUGAAAUGGUUCGAGCGACUGCUGCAGAGCCAGACGACGGCCCCAAGGAACGAUCCGUACGCCGCAUCCAAAUCACCCUUACGGCCUGAUCGUGAAGCUUGGGUGGUCAUCUUCCGCCACUUGGCUGAAGCAGGACAACUGGAAAAACUGGAAGAAUUGCUCUCUCGCAUGAUCGAAACAGCACCGCAAGGCUACGUCCCACUCCAGGCAUCGGACAUUAACGAGUUCAUCAGCGUGAACACCGAUUACCUUUCCUCUAGUGAAGGCAUGGAACAACGAUCUAGAUCUCUACACAUUGUCAAGCAGCUGAAGUCUAUUCUCCCGCAGUGUGCGACCAUUGCCAAACUAUCGAAUCAACGCAUCUAUGCACACGAAUGGACUUUGACUCGAACACUCAUUCAAUUGGGAGAGUUCUCCGAUGCCCUCAGGUGGAUGGAUGCUCUGGUUUCCCGUGAACUGCAAGACAUAGAGGUGGCGCGCGGCUCAAAAGUUGGCGAAUACCUGACUCACGGGCUGCAACGUUCGCUGCUACAGUCAUCUGGGGAAUUUCUGGAAGCCUCCCAGCACUGUGAGCAGACUCUCACCCUGACGCAGCUCCUCGACUUGAUGGCAAUUCUACGCGAGGCGGGUGUCGUACCAGAGACGCGAUUGCAUGCUGCGUUGGUCUCCAUGUAUAUGAACUCGAAGACGGAAUGGCUGCAAAAGAUGCCUGAAAGGACGUCUCUGCUAUCCAUCAUCAAUUCUUUCAUCGCCGUGCACGCAUCGGCAGCUGCUGGGGAUGCAGUUUCAAGAAGCAAUAUGGAACCGUAUUUCACCUCGUCGUCAUCCUUACCUGGCAUGGAAUAUCUCCUCGAGGACUUGCGUGCCACCGCAUCGCCAUGGAACGGCAACAUCCCGCUGCUUGUCCGAGACGUCGUGCCCAUCUACGAAACACUGAUUGCCACAGGGGGGCCAGAGUUCACUACACUUGCUUUAGAAAAGCUGGGAUCAUUGGGUCAAGAAGCCAUUCGGUUUGUUGAUGAACAAACAGGACUCGCCUCAGCUUGUGCAUCCGAAUCUGACGCUCCAUUGUCAUCGUCCUUGCCAUCCGAAAGCGGGAAGGUCGCUUCGAACACUGACGCAACUGCAUUGACGUCUGAGGUUGACAGUGCAUCCAGUGUGUCCGAAUAUCCAUUGGUACGGCCCCAGCGGAUAAAGCCAGCACCCUUCAAGAUAAAUUACAAACUCUCGUCGAUGAUCGAAUCACAGCGACAUCGCCUGGACGAGCCCAUGCGCUUUUUCGGAAUGAUCGUCAACGAUGCAAAGCGACGACUUUUUGUCACGCCUUCGGCCCUGAGUCUGGUUAUUAAUGCACUUGGACGGUCCCACCAUCUGGACAAAGCGAGAGAGCUGUAUUCUAUUGCCCAGAUAAUAUUGGCAUCGCUCGAGGACGACAAAGAGUCUCAGACUCGAGCCUGGUUCGCUGUGGAAGAUGCCAUGUUGUGCACCCAUGCUUUUGCCAAUGACAUGGACACGGCAAAUGUCCAUCGUGCGAGGAUGAUUGAACAGGGUGGAGCACCCAGUGCCGAAGCAUACGCUGUCCUAAUCAUGACCGUGAACGAUUUCACCGAUGAUUGCAACGUGGCAAUGUCGCUGUACAACGAGGCAAUUUCCCUUGGAGUAGUCCCCAACGUGUUCCUUUACAACAACAUUAUCUCAAAAUUGUCGAAAGCCCGCAAAGCAGAGGCAGCCCUCGAGAUCUUCCAGGAGAUGAAGAAGCACGGCGUUCGCCCAACUUCUGUGACUUACGGUGCACUGGUUGGCGCCUGUUGCCGUGUUGGCGAUGCGGAUACCGCUAUGUAUUUGUUCAGCGAGAUGUCGGCUCAAGCGAACUUCCGACCCAAGGCGCCCCCAUUCAACACCAUGAUCCAGUUCUUUGUUCAUACAAAACCCGACAGGGAGCGUGCACUACAUUACUACAAUUUGAUGGUCGCAUCAAAUGUACAACCAAGUGCCCAUACAUACAAGCUGCUCAUGGAUGCAUACGGGUUGAUUGAACCUGUUGAUAUGAGUGCUGUGCAGAUCGUCUUUGAUCAGCUCGUGGCAAGAAAAGAUUUACAGGUGCAGGGUAAUCACUGGGCAUCUCUUAUCACUGCUUGGGGUUGCUCGUGCAAAGAUGUUGAGCGAGCUCGCUCGAUUUUCGACUCUAUCCUGUCGCAUCCCACCACAUUGCGUUCCGGACAAAAGCUGCCAGACGCCCAAACAUGGGAGGCGUUUAUCAACGUGCUCGUCACCCAACACCGUUUUGAUCUCCUUGGUCCAACUUUGGAGAACUUGCACCAAUCUGGUGUCCAUAUGACUGCAUAUAUCGCGAACGUGGUUAUCAGGGGCUAUGCGUCUGCUGGCAGUAUUGAGCAAGCGCGCGCUGUUUUCGAGGGCAUGCGGGAUCCCCCGGAAGGAAUGGCAGCUUCGUUCAACCACCUAGCGUAUAACAGCGUUGAGUCAAUUCCGGUAUCUACUGACGCACCAGUAUACCGUGAGCCAUCAACGUACGAGGCCAUGAUACGGGCUGAGAUGGGAGUUGGUGAGCGAGCGCGGGCAUUGGGUUUACUGGAGCGCAUGGAAGGACGACACUUUCCACCCGCAGUAGAAGCCCGUAUACGGGGGCUGGUAAACCAGACGAUAACGUCAGAGUGGAUUCCCGAUCUCUUUGAUCUCCAAGGCUGGCAAACGGGUUCGUACGGCAUGGACCUUGCACACCUCCCAGUUGCCCCCAUUACGCAUUAUACACCACCACCUGUCGACAUGGCUAUGUAUGUCGAAGCAUCCGCUUGAUCUGCUGACCUCCAUCGCUUGGUCUGGUGAGCACUGUGUUCCGUCGUUCCUCCUAUAUUUUCCUGUUUUUCUUUAAAUCUUGUAAGACCUGAAGCUAUGUCUGCACAUUGGCACAAGUGUACUGUAUUAUUACAAUCUUGCAUGACUGGAUAGAGGGGAGCGUAGAUAGUCAUGAUGUGUACUUUCAGGACUCAUUCGGUAAAAGAGAUAUGACAGUUCCGUUGUCGCAGAUUAUCUUGAAUCGCAAAAUGGUGAAUGGCGCUCCUUUCACUUGCCGAAUACUAGUGAAAUACACACUGCCUUUUCCCUUGGAGCCUUGUAUGCGGAAGCUGACAUCGACAUUGCCUUGGAGAAGAUUGACAGCUCCAGAGAUAAACGGGUCACCCAAUGCCCACCACUGAGGCUCGAACCGAAUGCUUUGACCCAGCACGGGAGUCAAACGCGGAUCGAGCUUCAAGCGAGAGAUGAGUUGCUGAACGACGGAGCUGGAGAGUCGUUCCUGAUUCAUUGCAUAUAAAAGGAAAGCGCCCCAUGCAGAAAGCCCGAGCACGCCAAGUCCGAUAAAAAGCGGUGUUUUACUUUUAAUUUCCGGUAGAUCCUGAGGACGAGAGGGCUUUGGGCGGGAAUACGCAGUCGAGGCGGGGGUGGAGCCGUGGGUUGCAGAGUAGGCUCUUGUCGAGGGCGUCUUCCGAACGAGACGGAGUAUAGCAGGAAGGCGCGAUGGUGAUGGACGUGCAAAACGUAGAGUGAUACCGGCUGUCAUGUUGGAGGACAAAGUGGUCGGCGGAACACUGAGCCUGUAUGGGAGGAUGAACCCACUGACAACGACGAGGGCGUC